AAAUUAAGAUAAGUUUACACGCGUUUUAGUAAUAUAGCAACUCAAAUAGCAAUUACAGAUGGCUGGCAAAAGGAAGACGCAAACUGCGGGUGACUUACCGGAGAAAAAGAGCAAAAAAUCCAAGAAAAACAAGCAGAAAAAUGAGGCAAAAGAAAAUGAACCUGCAAAAGCUUCAAAACCAGAGGAUAAUUUUACUUCUAUCGAAUUUUGUAAAAUGCUUCAGGAUAAAGUAUUGGUAACUAAAGGUCUUCAAAAAUUUUGCCAAGCUUGCAAGCAGCAUAAGGAGUACUCACUAAAUCAUGACAUCAUAAAGGCUUAUAUUUCCGUUUCUCCGGAAUGUUAUGAAGUUUUCAAAAUAAUUGAAACAGGAAAAACCUCGCCUAUGGUGACUUCCCUUGUGUUUGAAGUGUUCGUAAACGUCCUGCUUCGAACUGCUGGUGAUCUUUCACCUACAUUUGGAUCCGUGGGGACAACUAUAUGCCGAAGGAUACUACAGGGCCACACAAGGGAACUAUAUGGAACACUAAGUACAAAGAACCCUCCAAAGUUCCGGGCUCCUGCCCUUCGUGUACUAACUGCUAUGGUUAUGCAGGGUGCAGAAUGUGCUGCUGACGUUGCAAGUAAUUUUGACUUGAGUGGGAACAUUACUUUGUUGUCAAAGACUAGAAAAGAUGAUUCAAAGAACAAAUUGAAGCCAGAAUCAAACAUCAGACUUUGCUUUAUUCGGUUUGUUCUUUCCUUCUUUAUGACUGGAGACCAGAAAACUAUAAGACAAGUUUUAGAAGCAAGAGGUUUUGUCGAUUCUGUAUUUAGGGGAUUACCCGAAGACAGCGCUUCAGUUAUUCAAUUAUUUUUAACAACGUUGUUGGAAAACGUGGUAAAAAAUAAAGCGGUCCCAAAAACCAACAAAGUAAAGCUUCUUGCUUCACAUGGAGUACUUACCAGUGUUGCCAAACUGUUCCAGUGGAAUGGGAUCAUGGAUGUGAAAGUAGAUGAAGAAGAUAGAAAUAGUUUUGUUCGGAACUUGGCUUAUGAGUUUCUUUAUCAAUCAUGUUGCCCAUUUAAACAUGGAAUAAACUUUUAUGAUCGUGAGUAUGGAACUUCUGGAAGAUCUUCAAAUCAUGUUCUUCAUAAAUUUCUCGUUGAUUUAAAAGUGACGGGAUCAAAUGAUCAAGCACACACCCUAGUGGUAGAAAUUUUACGCUCGUGUCCGGAUUUAUUGAGCACUUAUCUAAUGUCAGCUGAUCUUUCAUUUGAUCCACGGCCUACAAAAAAAUGGUAUGAUAACAUUGCGUUAGUUGAACGAAUUUACGAAGCUCAGCCCAAAGUGCCCCCUCCGGUGACAGACGCAGCGAAAUUACGUUCAACGUCGACGCUUCAAAAAUUCUCGACCGAAAAAUUAGUUGCCAUGACUACACAGGGAAUAUUGCCUGUGUGUUUUAAACGUAGCACAUUGAAAAGUGCUAUACAGCAUACAGAAACAGACGUUCAAAAACACGGAUUAAAAAUUCUGCUCAGUUCAUUGUUAAGACUCCAAAACACCCUUUCUUACAUAACUGAAAACUCGAACUGGAUCAAAUCAGUUUAUUCUCAAUCUGACCGUGACCAGUUUAAACUGGAAUUACUGGAAGCAAUUACAAAGCAACUUCCAGAUAUUGGGUCAAUUACAUCAACAUGGCAACAAAGUUUAAAAAAUGAAACAUUAACAGAUGUACAAGGAAAGCUACUUCAUGUUUUGUCAAUGUAUCAACAGAACUUGCCUACUACAUUUGAACAUUGUUCAUUUGACUUCACUCGUUUAUUACACGGCGUACACUCUACUGCUGCCAGUGGCGGAAGCCUUAAACACUGCAUAGAAAUCUUAUAUUCAUCUGUUCAAAAAUACAAAUGGUUUCGAAAGGGCGAUUUUAAAAAGACUUCAUUUUCUCAACUUCUGUCAAUCAUUUUAAAUCAAUUGACCAAUCAGAAAGCAGAAGAUUUAAAACAAGAUUUCUCAUUGGCUGUUGAUUUGGCAAUAAAGGUUUCAAUUUCAAACGAUUUAUUUUUGCCCUGCCAUGGAGAGGAGUUGUGUACUUGGGUAUGGCAAGCGUCACUUGCCACUGACAACAACAAUGAUAAUAUGACAUUUCUAUUAAAUUACAUUGAUGAUUCUGCAGCUAAUGUAGCAAAACGACCACACAGAUAUGCUGAGCAAAUAUCUUCUGCUGACUCAUGCCGGGAUGACUCAUCAAAACAAAACAGUGAGUCAGCAAAUAUUGAAGUUGACGAAACCUUCUGGGAUAAUAUUCCUGAUGUUCACAUCGAUUCAGUCGAUGUAUGGAGACUUGAACAUAGUGUGGGCAUGGAUAUGUGUGAAGAUAAAUGCAUAGUGGUUCAAGCUAGUAUCACAGAUACAACACAAAGCAGAAGUGAAACGGAUGUUUCUUUAUUUCUUGCUGCUAUGAUAGAGCAUCUUGCUUUUCUGGAUGAUGCUGUCACUGAGAAGCAAUUAAAUGUACUAGACAGCUAUAUGUCUUCUGUGUUGGAUAAUUUGUUGUUGCUUCAAAUUUUCACAAACCAUCGCGAAAGAUCAUGUGUGGUAAUCCGGAAUUUGCUUUUUAAGGUUGAUUUAAUAAGAUUCCCAAACUUGUUAAAAUUACAUGCUAUCCUGCAAGAAGAAUCGUCAAUUUUGAUGCGAAAUUUGGACUCAGGAGUUAAAAGUAAUCAACAAGAAUUAAGAAAUUGGUUUGGUCAGGUUAUAAAAUGUUCAAAAAAAUCAAAAAUUUCGAAAAUCAAAUUUCUGUUGGAUUGUGAGAAUUUUGUUGGGGGUGUAAAAAGUUCAUCAAACCAGCUGCAAAUUUGCCGAGUCACAAUAGGAUUCGCGGGAAUUCUAGAGUGCUUAGUCGAGCUGUUAAAAUCUGGGUCAAAAGAGGUUUGGAAACCCAGUGUUGCCCAACUUUGUGAUUUUUUGUUUGAUGCACUUUGUCAGUUGGUUGGAAAUGAUUGCGAAGAUGUGAAUGGCAACACUGCAAAAAUUGUGAAUGGAAGCACUGGAGAAAAUGUGAAUGGCAACACUGGAGAAAAUGUAAAUGGUAUCACUGGAGAAAAUGUAAAUGGCAACAUUGGAGAAAAUAUAAAUGGCAACACUGAAGAGAAAACCACUGGCAACACUUACGAAUUAUACUUACAAAUGGCUGAGAAAAUUUUUAAAGUUCUUUUUCCAUAUUUUCUGCCAAAAGAAAAUAAUAAUUGCCUCUGGUUUGCUUUAAACGAAAGAAUUUCUUCUGAAAUCUCAUUCUGCUGCGAAAAAAGUGUUGCCAAAACGAAUUUCCUCGAUCCUUACUUCGAAAACCUUGUGGAAACACUGGCGAAUCAGCAAAAUUAUGAUGACUCCGAAAUUUCUACUCAAAAUUUGUUGAAAUGUUUUUCUCAAUUGAAACCUUAUCUAAAAACAAAAGACUUAGCUAAGAUUUUGUCAAAGCAUGUUAAAAAUUUCAAGAACCAGAAAAAUAAAGAAAAUUUUCUUGAAGUAAUUUGUGGAGCUAUGGGUGUUUUACUCACCAAAAUAGAUUCUGCCCCUAACCCCAAGCCCCCCCUAACCCAGGACACCAUAUAUGGUGUUUACGACGUUAUACCCACACUUUACCCCACUAACCCCCUGCCUGGACUUUUGGUUCAAUUUUUGGAACAUUUUCCAUCUUAUGCAAUAUUGGCAGGGAGUGAAAUACUCACUUGGUGUUGUGGAGUGUGUGCAGCUCAUUCUACUCACCUAUUAAAGAUCCUAGUAAAACACAAUGCGGAAUUAAAAAUGUUAUUUUUAAAAUCAUUACUCGACAAAAAAUUAGCCAUGACUCUGCAAAAAAUUGAAGUUUUGGUCUCAGUGCUGCCCAAUGUUGAUGAAAAGUUAAAGGACAGUGUUUUGAAAAAGGUUAAAAAAUUUUGUUGGGAAACACUGGUCCAUGAAGUAAUGGAAACAAGUGAAAUUGAAGAAUAUAAAGUUAAAAUGAUCAUUCAACUGCUAGAGUGUGGAAACUUGAGUGAAAAAGAGCUUGAACUUUUUAACGAAAAAAUUGCAAAAUUUAUUCAAAUUAAAAACUUCGAAAACAGAUGGCAAACUAUUAAAACAUACCUACAAGCUUGUUCCAAACUUAAAGAUGAAAAAGAAACAACAGAACAAAGAAAACAGAUUUCUGGCAUGCUUACAAAAUUUGCUGUGCAGUGUUUAAAGAGCAGUGAUUCAAAAUCAGAAAUUGUUUCUUCUCUUAUCAAUACAUUGAGUGAUGCUUGUUUGCAAAAUGAGCAACACUGUUUGGAAAUUUCAAAUGAAAAUUGGAGCUCACUUGUUAAGGCUUGCCUGAAGUACCAUUUCAGUGAUCCAAAUAUUUUGGAAUUUUUGGCAAAAUGUUUGCCAUGCAUUUCAACUUUUGAUAUAAAUGCUGAGUCAGUGUUUCAAAUGUUGACGAGUCAUUCUUUGUUUCUUGACACAUUGUUACGUGACGAUGAAAAGGAUAUUAAAUUAAAACUGGUUCAACUGUUACACAAACUUGUUGAAAACUGCAACAAAACGAUUCUAAAAGAGCAAGACUACUCCUAUCUUUUCCCAGCAUAUAAGGGGACAUUGUCUUUAACUGACCAGCAUUUAUUACAGAUAAUGUUUCUGUAUGAAGCAAAGGGUAUUUCUAUGGCGUCACACAAACCUUUUCUGUUUGGAAACACUGCAUUGGAGUCGUAUCAAGCACAGAAAAAUGUUUCGGAAACACUGUACAAAAAACCUACACCUAACAGAAUAUUAGCUUGCAUUGAUUCUGAAGUAAUGAACAAAACUCUGGAAGAAUUUCCAAUUCGUAGACGAAUUAUAACUCACAAAUCAGAUUCCUACCCAGUCUUUCAUACGCCAUCAUCUGACGUGUAUGACCCCUGCUUUUUUCUUCUCGUGCUUCGGAAUUUUUUAUCUCCGGAAAAUCUUGUCGACUGUCGUGCUUUUCUCCAGCAGGGGGCGUUAGGGUAUUUGUAUCUUUGUUUAUCGAGUCAUUGUGACGUCACAAGGAAUGUAGCAGCGGGAUGCAUUGUCCGUUAUUACCAACAUGCUGAAGGCCAGAGAUUUUCGGAAAAAAAUCUUACAUUGUAUUUGAUUGAACGAGUGCAAAAUGCAAUGAAAAUAAAAGAUGGAAAAAUAUCGAAAAUCUCAACAAUAAUGGGAGUUUACCUUGGAAGAAUUACUAAGCUUAUGUUUCAACCAUCUGAGCACAUAUAUUCAUGCAUUCAUCGGUAUCUGCUGGUUAAGCCAGAAUUGGACUUAACUGCUAUUCCAGAUUUCUAUUCGUUAUUCUGUAGCUCAGAACUUGAGUAUAAGAUUGAACGGGCAUGGAUUUUGGAUCUAAUUAUUGCCGGUAUGCGAGACAUGGGAGACUUCCACACAUUAGAACGUCGUCAACUGCUCCGAAUUCUACAAACUUUUUACUCCUCACCAACUAGUGAUAAUUAUACCAGGAGACAAGUCAUGCAAGUUAUUAAAAAAUGUUGCAAAAUUCGUGCGGCUGUAUUGGAACUUGUUAAUAAUCAAGGUCUGUUGCCAUGGUUACUCGGAAUUGCGUUGGAACAGCGCAGUUUUUCGUCACUAGACGGCGGUCUUGAUGCAUCAAAGCGUCAAAAUGCAACGUCACAAAUUGCUGACGUCAUCAUGACAAUGUGGGAAACCUUGUCGCCCUGUGAUGAGUCAGCAAAUAAUUAUGAUUCGGGGGUUCAAAAAGAUUUGAUGAGUCAUGUUUCAGUUAGAGUGACGCGGCAAGUUUUAACGAUCUGUUUUGAUCUUCUGGUGAACUUAUACCAGUUGUCAGGGGCAACGGAAUCAAAUUUUCGUCAAAUUGAGCUCAACUCUGACACCCAGUGUUCAAUUGAGAAAAUUUUAACGACGCAAAUUCGAUGUUUUGAAUAUCUUAAAAAUUCUCGAAAUUCAACCAAUCAGAGUGAAGGAAAUUUAAAUUCAAAUAUAAUGGACCAAUCAGAAUCUGCCAUUCCGAAACUUAUCCGAAGCAUGGUUACAGAUCAGCGAGCACAAUUAUUACAUCAUAUAGGGCAAUUAUUACAUCAUAAUAAAUCAAAAUUUUCAAUCAAAGCUGCGGAAUUGAUAUUUAACUGGACAACAAAUCAAACAUAUUUUGUGACAGAAUCAGACGUUCAUGUUAUAACAUGGUCAUUUAAAACAAUGUUUAUGAAAAUAUCAACCGUCGAAAAUUCCGUAAAGCAACUUUCUGCUGCUAUAAAGUGGUUAAAACAGUGGCUUAGCCAUUCAAAAACUACAGACGCAAAAUUUUCUGAUUCUAUGAGGAGUCUAUUACUGCUUGGUUAUGACAUAGCUUUUUCAAUGGUGCCAAAAUUUAAUACUGAAGACUUGCUUAAGGAACUGACAAAGUGCGCAUAUAUUUUGCUGGAUUUGAAAUCAGAACAAGAUCCAAACCUAACUCAAGAAAAUUCAAGCAAUAUGAUUGGUCACCACAGCGCUAGGAAACAAUUGUUCAUAAAAAGUUCUGAGGUGUGCGAAUAAAAAAUAAACCAAGGCCGUUUUAUUUGCUUUAUUAUACAGCGGCGUAAAGGAUUAAAAACACAAGCAAAAA